AUAAUAGCUCCAGUCCUAAAAUGACGGGUUAGGUUCAUUUAAAAAUAAUAGUUCCUAAACCUAAAUUAUAACAUGAAAUGGGAAGAGUUACUUUCAUAAAGUGAAGAAAAAUAUUUUACAUGUAGUAUGCACUAUCCCGAAGAAGCAGUAUUAAUAAUUCUAGCAUAAACUUCGAUUAAAAAACAGGAACUUAAGCACUCAAACACAGACUUUAAAAAAAUCAAGAAUACUUGUCCAAUUGCAUAAAUAAAUAUUAUAAGUCUGAAAAGCACAAAUAUAGGAACAUAUCAAAGAAGAAUAAACAAUAAAUACAAAAAGAAAUAACAAGACUUCAAGUACAAUAUGGCAUCUAAAGCGAAGAAAAUGUCCGUCGACUAUAGUAGCAAUCCGGCCGUAGCGAAUUUCGUGGAAUAUUUGAGAAUACCGAGUGUUCAACCGAAUAUUAAUUAUGAUGACUGCGUGAAUUUCCUCCAGAAACAAGCGAGAAGCUUGGAUUUAGAGUUUAAUGUGUACAAAGUAGUACCUAAGAAGCCCAUCGUAGUGUUAACAUGGGUGGGACAAAGUCCUUCUCUCCCGUCGGUCCUUCUCAAUUCUCAUAUGGAUGUAGUGCCUGUGUUUGAGGAUAGUUGGACAUUCCCACCGUUCAGUGGUCAUAUUGACAAGGAUGGUAAGAUCUACGGACGCGGGUCGCAAGACAUGAAGUGUGUCGGUAUCCAGUACAUGGAGGCGAUCAGGAAAUUGAAAAAGGCUGGAGUUUCGUUGAAGAGAACUCUUCAUUUGUCAUUUGUUCCUGACGAAGAGAUCGGUGGAGUGGACGGUAUGAGGAAGUUUGUCCAUACACCGGAAUUCAAAGCUCUGAACGUUGCCUUCGCUUUAGACGAGGGCAUGGCGAGUCCUACUGAAGAAUUCAUUAUAUUUUAUGGUGAAAGAAGCAUAUGGCAAAUACACGUGCAUUGUACGGGGCAGCCCGGCCACGGUUCUCUUCUAUUCCCAAACACUGCUGGCGAAAAGCUAAGGUUCAUUAUAAACAAGUUCAUGACAUUGCGCGAAGAACAGAAAAGCAUUUUGGACAAUGACCCCAAACUGACCAUCGGAGAUGUGACCACUAUCAAUUUGACGCAAGUACAUGGUGGUGUCCAAUCGAAUGUGAUUCCAGAGAAACUAACCGUUGUGUUUGAUUGUCGCUUGGCUGUUACCGUGGACCAUGAACAAUUUGAGAAUAGGAUUAAAGAAUGGUGCAAAGAAGCUGGUGAAGGUGUUACUUAUGAGUUCGAACAGAAGAAUGAUAAAAUUGAAUGCACCAAAAUUGAUGAAACCAAUCCCUUCUGGGUUGCUUUUAAAUCGACUGCUGACAAGUUAAAUCUGAAGCUAGAAUGCCGCAUUUUCCCCGGCGGCACUGACAGCAGAUACGUCCGCGAAGUCGGUAUUCCCGCCAUCGGCUUCUCCCCCAUGAACAACCAUACGCCCGUACUGCUCCACGACCACGAUGAAUAUCUCAGCGCCGACAUUUUCCUCAAAGGAAUCGAUAUUUAUGUUAAAAUACUGACCGCUGUUGCUAACGCUUAAAACUUGCACCAAUUCGUCUUGAACAUGGCAAUAAUUACUAUUUUUAAUUAUUAUUCUAAAGGUUAUGUAAGUUUAACUACGCAAUUUAUGACGCUGCCGCGCUGUGAGCCUUGCCUAUCUAGUAAUAGACAUUUUUAAAUUAUUUCAUCAAACAUAUUCUUUUUCUUAAAAUUAUAUAAUAUGAUGUUGCUAUUUUUAUCAAUCUUAUCACAUAUGUUAAAUAAGAAAUAAAUGUAAUAAUAUUAUAUUUUUAUUUUUCAUAUUAAUUAGCAAAACGUGUUCAAAUAAUUAAUAACUUUUUAUUUACGCUAUUGUU